UCCGCCCCGCCCCGCCCCGCCCCCAUUCCGACCGACACAUGCCCCAUGAUUGGCUGAGCCUGGCCGGCGCAGGGCCGCAAUUGGAUCGGCGUGGCAGACCGGCGCUGAGCUUGCGCUGGUGAUGGAGGGAGCGCUGUUGAAAUGGACCAACUAUCUUUCAGGUUGGCAGCCACGAUACUUUGUAUUAGAAAAUGGCAUCCUCUCCUAUUAUGACUCUCAGGAUGAUGUGGGCAAAGGCAGCAAAGGCAGCAUCAAGAUGGCUGUAUGUGAAAUCAAAGUGCAUGCAACUGAUUCUACUCGUAUGGAGUUGGUCAUCCCAGGUGAGCAGUACUUCUACUUGAAGGCAGGAGGCGCUGCUGAAAGACAGAAAUGGCUGGUGGCUUUGGGCAGCUCCAAGGCCUGCCUCGGGGAUAGCAGAAGCCAGAAAGAAAAAGAUCUGGACAUAAGCAACGAGUCCCUCGGAAGAAAACUGUCUGAACUGCGUUUGUAUUGCGACGUGCUGACGCAGCAAGUGAUAGCUGUGCAGGAUGCAACCCAACCUCAAGAGAAUGGCUCUCCUUUGGACAUCCAGAAGAUGAAUGAAGCUUCGUCUUUAUUACGGGCAACCUGCAGUCAGUUCAUCUCUACCCUAGAAGAAUGCAUGAAGUUUGCAAAUACUCGUUUGGCUCCUGAACUGUAUCAUCCUUCAACGAUCCCAGAGCCUUCUGAUUUUGUCGGCACUAAACUUCCACAUUCCCAUCGGGUUAGACGUUCUAUGAGCCACACAGGCAUAGUUUCCUCUGACAGAGUGCUGGAGCCAGCUCGGAUCCCCUCGGUGCCUCCCAAGGGCACCGAGACUGUGCUGCGCAACUUGGAGGAGAUGGUGGUGUUCUGCUCACAGCAGUGGGGGCAGACAGGCUCCCAGUCCGGGAGUCCCCCCAGCACCAUAACUGAAGAGGCCGUCGGUAGAAGCCACCACCAGAUAACUGCAUGAGAUUGACCUGGGAGGAGAAAGGCAGUGAGUUGAUAAACCAUUGUUGGUUCAGGACUUCCCAGUGGACUCAGCUGUUGGCAACCAACCAGUGUCACCUGGAUCUUUUGGUGCUUUCUCAGCUCCUGGAAUCAGCUCGGUUGCUCUUGAACUGAAACAGUCCGUCUGGGGCUUCCUCCUCUAGCUUAGGAAUUACCUAAACAUUCUGGGUAUGGGCUCCUGCAAGACCAGCAGGCACCAAAGGGCCAGGUACCAGAGGCGGCAUCCGUUCUGUUUUUUUAUUUUUCCGGCUUGUGCUUGCCAGGGGUUGGGAGAAUGCAACCCAUAUAUUCCAAAAUAGACGUUGGCACCUAGGGGAUGGGUUGGGAAGAAGAAUAGGGAUUAGCUCUCCAGGCUAGGUUGGUAGGAAAGAAAAGAUUGCUCUCAAAAACAUGUAGGAAGAUUAGUAAUUUCAUACUGGACAAGUUAAGCAACCGCUUUCCCGGCGCUCCCCCCAAAUGUCUUAUGUUUGCAAUCGGCCAUCCGAGAUACUUUGAGUCUGUAGAAGGAUGGCCUGUUGCAGAGGCAGAACACGAAUCUUCUGUCCACAACACUGCUCAUGUUUUGCCUUCUGACAAUUGGAUGGGGGAGCCUUUUGGUCAGGACUUCAGUCUAGAUGCAAGCAGGGAUGAUCUUAGCGAGCUCCACUUCUUUUCUCAGCAGGAGCUUCUCCCCCGCUCAAACUUGGACUUCCCCACAGAGCUUGCUGACUAGGAUAGAGGAGCCCCUUGGAGCUCAUGAGAAUGCUCCUUGGUUCCUUGUUAGAGCAGCACAGAGCAAACAUCCAAGGUAACCGGAAAAGCAGCCUCUCUGGGCAUCUGAUUGGAAAGCGAAGUUUGGUUCCCUCACGGAUCAGUCGCUUGCCUUUUGCAUAAAAGGGUGAAGUCUUAGUCUUUCGGGAAUGCCUGCCCUCUUUUUUUUUUUUGUACAGACACCGGGCAGCCUCGUGGGCAUUUGCAUACACCUCUGUCUCUCACAGGAAGAGCCCAGCCCAGGACAACACUCUUAAUUUUGAAAAUGAAGACUUUAAUUUUGAAACGAACGCAGCGUGACGGCUAUCUGUUUUUUUUCCCCUGUGGGGUGGAUGUUGGCACCACUGGGGUUUUCCGCCAGAAGCAAAGCCAAAAACAAAACAAGCCUCUUUCAGGCUUGCCUGAUGUAGACACAGCAAACAAGGCGAACCUUGGUCUCUCACACGGCAAAGGAGGGGGGGAACGAGUUCAGGAACACCUGGAACUAAUCCCUGCCCGUCCCGAUGAACAGGUGGUUGCAGUUUUAUAUAAAGAAUUGUCGCAUCGCUGAAGCCCAGUGCAAAACUGAGAGGCAGGUGACUCAUAAUGGCAGAAACAAACUGGGAAACUAGGGUGCUAUUUCUGGCUCUCCUACUGUUCUUCCCUGCUGCCCCCCCCCCCUUCUUGAAGAGAUGUCUUGUUUGACUUGUGUUUAAUUUCUUUCCUGGGGCAUUUCAUGUAAUUAAACAAGGGCUAGAUUUUUCCAGAGGUUUAUUUCUAGUUAACCUGAGCAAGAAUCCACCAUUGCGUAACCAAAGCCAGGUAUCCUUCUGUUACUUUUCUGAGGAUCCCAGGAAGGGUGAGAAUCAGUUUGGGGUAAUGGUUACGGCAUCAGGCUAGAAACUGGAGGACUGUGAGUUCUAGUUCUGCUUUAGGCCCAAAGCCAGUUGGGGAUCUUGGGCCAAUCCUUCUCUCACAGCCCUAGGAAAGAGGCAAGGGCAAACCACUUUGGAAAAUCUGGCUAAGAAAACGGCAGAAAUUUAUCCAGGCAGUCACCAGGAAUCUACAUUGACUUGAAGGUUCCCACGCACACACAAAGGGUUGAAAAGAAAUUUCUACAAAGGGGACAACCUUCUUUGGCUGCAAACUACAAGCAUUGCCCACUGGCAGUGUGCUCAGGUGGCAUAGCGCCAUGUUGUGUAAUGGGGCAGGACACCCAGGAAUUAUAACGUUAAAGGAAAUGAUGGCCCCCAAAUCUUAGAAGCUACACCAAGACUUGUACAGUUUCAGUGAUUUUGUUGUCAUUUUUAUUUGAAAUCUUGUGAAAUCUCACACAAGAUCCAUUAAAUCUUAUCUUACUCGAUAGGUCAAUUUCGCAAGAUCCCACCUUUUUAUUUGAUUUUAGGAUACUGCUGGUGUCUUGACUAAGCCUGACUAAGAGUUGAGGUGGUCAGCAUUUGGACAGCUCCUCAUUUAAGAGCUAGGAAAUAUGUGCAGCACUAAUUUCAAAAGAAGGAAUUGUUCAUGAAAUGUUUGUGUACAGUAUUUGUAUAUUGGAGCUCUCUUAAUGCCAGUUUACUUUUUUAUUUGUCUGUCUUUAUAUGACUGCGCAUCUUACAAAGAGUGGCUCUGGAUAGUUACA